UGCUGCUACUUAAAAAAACUUCUCUGUAGAAGUUUUUUUAAAUCAUCAAAAAUCUAUCAACAUUUUGCCGUUAAACAUGGAUACUAAAUUCUCACCAUCACCGAUGGAUAUGGCUGCUGUCAAUGAUAUCAUGGCACCCAGUAGCGUCAAUGCAGCAAAUUGCCAGUAUUCGACACGUUAUUGCUGGGAAGCCGAAAAAGUAAAAUCGUUAAUCAGAUUACGUGCUGAACUUUCACCAUUAUUUACAGGCAAACGUAAUGCCUCCAAAUAUGCAUGGGCUGUCGUGGAACGUGAAUUAAAUGUACCAUUGCCACUAUCAAAAAUAAUUAAGAAAUGGAAUAAUCUCCUACAGGAAUACAAGGCUAUUAAAAUGUCCGAAGAACCCAAACGACGUGAAUGGCCUUUCUUUACCCUGAUGGAUGUGUAUUUCAGCGAUCAGGUCAAUGAUCCCUCAUUGCGUCUAUUCUCGUCCACAAAAACCCUUAAGGAAACCAUCGACGAUAGUGUCUUUGAAGAUGAUCCCAUCAUAGCUUCGGCCAUUGCUGCUGCCACAUCGGGAGCAUAUAUGAACAUUGAAGAGCUGAUGCGCCGUCAAAAGGAACGGGCUGCCAAAUUUGCUGCAAUGGGUGAUUACAAGUACGACGUUAAACCCAUGUUGGCCAACAACAAAUUCAACAACAGUGAAGCUAUAAAAUUGUCCAAGAGCUGCGAUGAUCUGAGUAUGCAACAAUAUAAAAUUAAAGAUGAAUUCAUUAGGCAACGCGAGCAGGAGGCUCAAGAGAAUUUGGCCAAGUUGAAACAACAGGCACGUCAACAUCAUCAGCAGCAACAGCAGGCCGCUGCCCAACAACAAGCUGUGCAGCAGCAACGUUUUAUACAACAACAUCAACAGGCUGUCGCCGCCGCUGCUGCAGCUGCUCAUCAAGCCGCUCAACAGCAUCACGUUCAAUUGAUGGAGGAGUCUGGACAGCUGCCUCCACCACCACCAACUCCCACUAGUUUGCAUGCAGCCUUACAGCAACAACAACAAAACAUGUUGCAUCAUCAUCAACAGCAACAGCAGCAGCAACAACAGGCUGCUGCCCAACAACAACAGCAAGUCCAACAGCAACAGGCUGCUGCCCAACAACACUUGCAACAGGAACAACAAAGGCGUCGUGAGCUGCAAUUGCAUCACUCUGCAUCUCCACACAGUACCCCACAGACAUCACCCAAUGCCCAACUGCAUCAUCAAACCGUGCAUGCUGCUCGUCAGUCGUCACCACCCACACCAUCACCGUCGACACCCACAACCACCACCGCUCAACAGAUACAGUUGCAAUCCGCUCAACAUCAGGCCGCUCAACAACAAUUGCAACAACAGCAGCAGAAACAUUCCCAACAACCAUUUACCGAUCCCAAUACCAUCGAUCAGUACCUGCUCUCAUGGAAUAACUUCCAUGGUAAUAUGUGUCGUGGUUUCCAUUCACUGCAAAAGGAUGAGAAAAUGGUCGAUGUCACCAUUGCGGCGGGCGGCAAGAUUUUCAAGGCCCACAAAUUGGUGUUGUCCGUUUGUAGCCCCUAUUUCCAACAGAUCUUUUUGGAAAAUCCCUCAAGUCAUCCGAUUCUGUUGAUGGCUGACGUUGAGGCUAGCCACAUGGCUGGUCUGUUGGAUUUCAUGUACAGUGGUCAGGUCAAUGUCAAAUAUGAAGAUUUACCGGUAUUUUUAAAGGUGGCCGAAGUUAUGAAAAUCAAAGGUUUACACACAGAAAAAAACAUGGACGAUGACAACAAGGACAGCAGCUCGACAAGCAAUACCGAUUCCACGGAAUGCCACUUUGAACGCGGCACACACAGUGUAAACAUUACUGGCCAGGGCUUUGAACCCCGCAAAACUCUCUUGGACUCUCCACACGCAUUGAACGGUCUUGCCAGCAGCCUCAACAAUGGACGCAAUUCACCCAUACCAUCGCCGGCAUCGUUCCCCAGCUUCCGUGAUCACAUCAAGUCGAAGGCAUCCCUGACUGAAACUUUCAUGAAGAAUAUCAGUCGUAACAACAAUAAUACCCUUACCACCAACUACAAUCAUGUCCCCACACAGAGUAAUAACAUUGGGGAGACUGCUGGACAACAGGACAAUUUUAAUAUUUUGCAGGCAGCCAGCAAGAAACACCUGAUGGACUCGGCCCGCAAACAGCACAAAUAUUUGGCAAAGCGUAAAAUCCUGAUGCACUACAAUGACGAGUUGAACGAGAAGCGACACAAGGAAUACGAACGUUAUGGAAUGGAACAGCAGCAUGAUGCCAACAACAAUCCCGAGGUGACCAUACAAGAGAGCCACGCAGGACCGGUUGCGUUACCACAGUCGCAUAAUAAUUUCAAAAUACGUCUAAUGGAAAAUCACUUGAAGGCCAAUCAACAACAGCAGCAGCAACAACAGGAACAUGAACAGCAACAGAAACAAAUGGAAAUGGAACAGACACAUAACGAGAAUGCCAACAACAACAAUCACAGCACGAAUCACCAUGACGACGAAGAGGAAGCCUUGAACUUAGUCCAAAAUAACUCUCACGAACAAUAUCACAAGAGCAGCGAGAACCUGACCAAGAGAACCAGUGAAUCCAGUGACAGUGUAGUGGAAACGGAACACAUGGACGUUGAUCUAACUUCAGAAUCAGAUGUGGGCAUCAAUACACAUGAUGACGUGCCAACAACACACAUACCCGACGAAGACGACAUUAACAACAAUAACACAACGAAACAGGAAAUUGUGGACUUGGACGACAACAACAAUAGCAAUCUGAAGAAUCUAGCCCUUAUCAAUGCCAUCAAUCGUAAUGUGGAGCACAGCAAGAAAUUGGAUUAUCAACGUCAUACCGGAGCCGAUAGAAGCCAGAAACAGACAUCACCACCACAAACAACGGUAACACCACCACUGGCCGCCACACCCACUCCACAAGCUGAAUCACCACAACACCACCACCAUCAUCAGCAGCAGCAGGAACAACAUUCGCAUCAUCACACCGAUGAGAGUGAGGAGGACAACAACAACAAUCACUUGCAAUUGGAUCUGAGCGCCGUCAAGAGUAUAGCCACAGCUGAGAUUUUGUGUGGCCUCAAGAGUAAAGUUUUCAAAAUGGAGAUGUUGGAUGCCAACGAGAGUACAACGCCCGCUUUGGAGAGACAACAAACAAAUCGGGCGCUCAAUGAGAUUAGAAAUGCCGAUUGA